AUGGCAGUAGAAUCUGUGCUUACUUUUGCGGCUCAGGGAAUACUGACGAAGCUGACUGACCUUGCUGCUCAAGAAUUCCGUAUGGCCUGGGGAUUCAAAGCUGAACUAAGGAAGCUCCGUGAAUCCUUACCCAUCCUUCAAGGUUCCUUGGACAAGGCAAACGAUGCUGCUGAGCAGGCAAAAGAUGGGGGCAAGGCUGUGGAAGAUUGGGUGAAGAAACUUAAACACAUAGCUGAUGAGGCUGAUGAUGUCUUGGAAGAAAUCAACUAUGAAUUUCUCUGGAGACGAGUAGAACUGCAAAACCAAAUGGGGAAAAAGGUGCUCAACUUCCUUUCUGCCUCAAAUCCCAUUUUGUUUCGACAAAAAAUGGCACACAGAAUUAGAAAAAUCAGCGCUUCUCUGGCGGAGCUCAAGAAUGACUCAACUUUCGUUGGGCUUGGGUUGGUUGCAAAGGACAAAGAUCCAACCCCUCAAGGAAUUAGGGAGGACAGAGUAACCGACGCAUUCUUUGGUAAAAAUGAAAUCUUCAUUGGAAGGAAUGCGGUUGUGUCAGAUAUAGUUACAACAUUGACCAACUCCAAUACUAAUGAACAAAAUCUGUCGGUUAUGGCGAUUGUGGGAAUGCCAGGACUGGGAAAGACAACUUUGGCCAAGUCAGUGUACAAUGAAGGUGCUAUCGAUGACUAUUUCAACAAAAAAUUGUGGGUGUGUGUAUCAAACACUUUCAACGUCCAUUCGAUUUUAACUGCAAUGUUAGGAAAGGUAGCCCCGACUCAACAAGCAUUGCUUACAGACCUCCAAAAAGAGUUGAAAGAGCAAAAAUACUUGCUGGUACUUGAUGAUGUUUGGAAUGAAGAGUCUGAGAAAUGGGAAAGGUUGAUGAGCUGUUUGUCAAAGUUGAAUUCUGCUCCAGGAAGCAAAAUUAUUGUCACUACCCGCAGUGGCAUAGUUGCAUCACUCACAGAAACACUUCCGCGGCCUAAAUUGGAACUUCUAUCAACAGAUGAAUGCUGGUCCAUAUUGAAACAUUACUCAUAUGGUAGUUCUAAUAUACCUCCUCAUUUAGAGAGUAUUGGACGGGAGAUUGCUGAAAAAUGUGAUGGUCUACCAUUGAUGGCAAAGGUUUUGGGAGGCAUACUUCGUUCAAAAAACAGUACUGAUGAAUGGUUGUCAAUUCAAGAAAGUAAAAUAUGGGCAUUACCAGAAGGCGAGGAUAGAAUCAUGUCUAUUUUGAGGGAGAAGUUGGUCCAACUCUGGAUGGCUGAAGGAUUUCUCCACUCUUCAAAUGUUACAAUGGAUGAAGAUGGAGUUGUUAUCACAUGCAAGAUGCACGAUCUUGUGCAUGAUCUUGCAGAACUAGUGUCAAAAUCUGUUGGGAAAUUGCGGUCCCUAUUUUCAAAUGGUGAAGGCCUUAGCAAUAGCUUGUCAAGUUUUAAUUCUUUACAUGUGUUGAAUUUAUACGAGGCUGAAAUUGUGGAGUUGCCAAGUUCAAUUGGCAGGUUGAAACACUUGAGGUAUUUGGAUGUUUCUAGAACAGAAAUCAAAGAACUUCCAAAAUCUAUUGGCAAGCUUUACAAUCUGCAGACAUUAAGAAUGUGUGGUAUGUGGUAUCUUGAAAGGUUUCCAAAGGAAAUGGAAAAUUUGAUCAAGUUGAGGCAUGUUUAUUUCGACCAUGAUCAGAAAGUUCCAUUUGGGAUGAGACGAUUGACUCGUCUGCAAACAUUACGUUACUUUAAUUUGGAUAAGGAAAGGAAUCAUGGAAUUGAUGAGCUGGGUGGCUUAAACCAAUUAAAAGGUGAACUAACUAUCUCAUCUUUGGAACAUGUGAAAGACAAAGACGAAGCGAAGAAAUCAAAUUUAGUAGUGAAAGCAAAUAUACGAAAGUUGACACUAAAGUGGGGGAAUUCCUGGCAGAGAAACAAUAAGGAGAGUGAUGUUGAUGCAAUUGAGAAAUGCCCCAAGUCGUUUUCCAUCUCUCCAGAAGUUGAAGAUACAUAUAUUGACCAGGUCAUGGCAAUAGAAAAUAUAUGCAGUCAACUAACCACUCUCACUCACCUCGAAAUUCGUGGAGCCACAGAGCUUACUCGUCUGCCAGUAGGGAUGCUGGAAAACAACCACAAUCUUCGGGUGCUGCAUAUUGACCAUUGCAAUGAGCUUAGCCAUUUACCUGAUGAGCUACACACACUCCGUCUUCUUGAGGAGUUGACUUUAAAGAAUUGUCCUAGUCUAGAGUUCAUUCCAAUUACCACCCAGAGCCAGGGCAUGCCAUGUCUCCGCAAAUUGAAGAUUAAGAAGUGUGAGAAAUUAUCAAGCUGGCCGAGUGGGUUGGAAUAUUUCACCUCUCUUCAGGAAUUGCAUAUUCAAAAUUUGAAGCAUUUACCGGUUGAUGGGCUACAGACCCUCGUCUCUCUUGAGGAGUUGACUCUAAAGAUUGUCCCUAGUCUAGAGUUCAUUCCAAUUACCACCCAGAGCCAGGGCAUGCCAUGUCUCCGCAUAGUGAAUAUUCUGAAUUGUGAGAAAUUAUCAAGCUGGCCGAGUGGGUUGAAUAUUGCACCUCUCUUCAGGAAUUGCAUAUUGAAAAUUGUCAAAAUUGGAGGCAUUUACCGGUUGAUGGGCUACAGACCCCUUGUCUCUCUUGAGAAGUUGACUCUAAAGAAUUGCACUAAUCUAGAAGCUAUUCCCAAUUUAGACAACCUCACAUCCCUCCGUUUUUGUCUAUUUGUGGUUGUGAUGGACUCACAAGUCUACCGAGGGGGCUACAAUCCUGCACAUCUCUUACAAUGCUGA